AUGACAUCAAUUUUCCAAAACCCCCCUUCCUCCCUGACCAAGGCCAUCCCCUUUACCAAAGUGGCUCCUUCCCGGAAGGUCAAACCUGACCUUCCGAAGAAGGUCAGGUUUGUUAACGAUGAAGGCGUCAUGGAGGAACAGGAGCUGGUCGUGAUUGAUGAUGGGGAUUUUAGUGGGUGGAAAUAUGAAGGUAUGAGGAAGAAGGCGAAAGGGAUAGUGGAAGAGGAGGGAGGAGCGACUGGAGUGGAUAUUUAUGGGCUGCCGAAGGAGAAGGUGGAUUUUGAGUUUGAUAAGAAGUUGGGGGUGCUUGGGUUUGGGGAGAUUGGAGGGCAGAGUCAGACACAGAGUCAGGCGCAGAGUCAGGCGCAGAGUCAGGCGCAGAGUCAGAGUCAAGGGAAGAUGCAGGAGCGGAGGGAGGUAUGUGGGGAAGGGAGAGAGGUGGGUAAGGAGAAAGAAGGGAUGGAGUUUGAGAUGAGGCAGGAUAAUGAGAUUCCAGUGGAUGAAGGUGAUGUACAGAAUGAUGAGGAGCUGGAGAAGCUGUCUAAUUAUUCUAUUGAUACUGAAGAUUUGGAGAAUAUGGAUGUUGAUAUUGAUUCAGAUGAUGAGGAAGAAUAUAAUGCAGGCCAUAAAACAACAGGCGGAUUAGAACAAAUGAGAGUAAUUCAAGAUAAAACUGGUAUUAAUCACCUUAGUUAUAAUUUCUCUGCUCAUAAAGCAGGUCUUGAUAAAGUAGACAAGGAGCAUGUCAACAAAGUGAUCACAGAAGCGUCUAAAGGCUCAGCUUAUUACAAGAACCAACAAUACAGACUAAGGGCUAUUAAGAAUAAGAUCAAGAGGUUUAAGUACAGAAUCAAGCAGUUCAGAGCAAACACAGUCUUAUGGACAAAGACCUAUCAUGAUGUCCAAAGACGCUUGAUGUGGUUCAAAAACGAGAGAUCAUUCAAGAGGACUUGGGUCCAUGUUGAUAUGGACAUGUUCUAUGCUGCAGUAGAGAUCAAAGAUAAUCCCGCAUUUGGAGAAGUUCCUCUUGCUGUUGGAGAAAGAGGUAUCAUCCAGACUACUAACUAUAUUGCUAGACAAAGUGGAGUCAGAUCAGGAAUGCCUACCUUUAUUGCAAAAAAGCUUUGUGACAAACUCACCAUUGUCAGACCAAAUUAUGUCCGAUAUCAAGAAAUCUCUGACGAAAUGAAGACUAUCCUAAGAGAGUAUGACCCAGACUUAGAGUCAUGCGGGCUUGAUGAAGCCAACAUUGAUGUAACUGAGUUCUUAAUGAAGAACAACCUCAACCAUGCAAUGGGAAGACUCUGGCUUGCACAGAGAAUUAGAAAGACAAUUUUUGAGAGACUUGAGAUCACUUGUUCAGUAGGAAUCUCUUGUAAUAAAAUGAUGGCAAAGAUUCUUUCAGAUUUUGAGAAACCAGACGGAUGCACUUAUAUUGACUACAAGCUUGAGAGAGUUCUUGCAUUUAUGAAGGACUUACCCAUUAGAAAAGUUCCAGGAAUAGGAAAGGUGAUAGAGCAAAUCCUUAACAAUCUUGGAAUAUUUUAUUGAUCACAAGUGAUAGAAAGAGCAACUGAGAUAUUCAUUACAUUUACUGAGCAUACUUUUGAAUUUUUAGUAAGAGCAUGCUUAGGAAUAUCCCGAAACGUACAUGAAGAUCCAAGAGACCUUCUUCAGAAAAGUUUGUCAGUCUCUAACUCUUUCAAGCCAAUAUCCAGAUUCGAUCAAUUUAAGGAAAAAAUCAAAGAGCAAGCAGAAGAACUUGAGCACAGAGCUAGGUCUGCAGGCUUCAAAGGUAGAUCCCUCACAAUCAGUUUUAAAACAUGAAACUUUGAUGUUAUCCAAAAAUCAAUCACCGUGUCAAAAUACUUCUAUGCAGCUGAAGAUAUUAUUAGAUACUGAAACAAGAUUCUUCUCGAGUGUUGGCCAAUAGAGCCAAUUAGACACCUCGGAAUAGACCUAAAGUUCCUGAAGCACAAGAAAUGGGAAGACUACAAGCGAGAACAGGAAAUCAAAGCAUUGAUGCGAAAAGGCCUUGGGGAUCAAAGAAUCUGGAGCAAGAAUAAGAAACUUUACAAAGACUUAAAAACUGGAGAACUCAAGAAGGACGAAGGAGACCAUGAUUACUUCUUUAAGGAUCAUACUUCUGCAAAGAAUGAACUUCCACCUCCAAAACUUGAAGCCUGGAAAUUUGAAGAUAAAGGCAGACCCAGGAACGACCCUAAAGCUAGGACUUAUAAGUACGAAAUUGUCAAGAAACAGCGUGAAAUUGUAAGAGAACGGGAAAAUGAGAGAAACUGACAAAUGCAACUCCAAAACUUCCUCAUCGGAGAAGCAAAGAAUGAAAUCCCAAAAGACAAGCCUAUCGAAGAAGAUGCAUUGGAGAAACUCUGGAGACCAAACAUCAGGCGUCAAAAGAUGCACAGAACAGGAGAAGUAAGGGUAAAAUACGACCCAUAUGUCUAUAACCAACAGAGUAAUGAAAUAGAUGAGGAGUUCAAGGACGAACUCGAAGGGGACUUCCAGCCACUCAAAAUGGAAACCAAGCAACAAAAAGAAGACCAAAGAGAGGAAGAGUACUAUGAAAGAAUGAAGAAGUCUAAGGCAGAACGAGAAGUCAGUUAUUUCGAUGGAGCAGUCAAGGUUGAGAAGACUAAAGAAGAGCGUAAUCAUCUCAAAUUUGUCCAAAAGGUCAAGAAAGAGUAUAAGGAUAAAGUCUUCAUUGGGAAAUAUCUCAGGGAUAUCAAUGUUGAUGACAUCUUUGUAGAAAAAAGUCCUCAAUGAAGCCAAGAAGCAAUAGAUGUCGAUAAGGAAAAACCCUUGGAAGCCUUGUUCAAGAACAUUGCAGAGAAUAAUAUGAAGAAAGAGACAAAGAAAGAAAAACCAAAAAAACAAGCAAAGGAAAUCAUCUUUGAUGACCCACUAUUUGGAGAGAUCAGAUAUGAGAUAGGGAAUAGUUCUGAGAGUGAUAUAAGAAGCAUGGAGAAUAAUUACAUCGAUGAAAAGAAGAUACAUGAAGAAGAGAAGAAAGAUAAAGUGCAUCCAUUUUUCAAAAAAGUCAAAGAUAUUUGGAAACAUAAUGCAAAAACACCAAAUUCAUCAAAAAUUGAUUCUAACCCCAGAAAGCUUAUAGAAGAAGCUUUAAAAAUUUCGAUAGACACCCCAAUAGAGUCCCCCUUUGAUAUCCAUAGCCAACCUACAGAAGACUUAUCUGCCUCAAAUUUAACUUUGAAACAAGAUCUCAGAAGCUGAAACCCCAAAAAUACCUUAAAAUGGUAAACUAUACCCU